GCGGGAGAGUGCUACCGAGGACAGCAGUUGAGCUUGGACGAUGACACUGACAUUGACAUCGCGGGACCCCAGCACAUACUUCCGGCGCCCUAAAGGCUACGUGAUGCUCCUGAUCGCAGCCGUCAUGAGCUGCUACAGCUGGGCUGUCUUUGCACCUGCAUCAAUCCCCCACGACAGUCUGGGACCCCUAGGCAUUUUCACAAAAUUUCUGGUGGAAAAGAACAAUGUUCUUUUAAAAAUAGGGUAUUUCAUCCACUGGACAAUUCACCUUGGGGAAGGUAUUUAUGCUUUGAAGCUAUGCACGAACAAAGGCAUCACAGACAGCAUAACUCAGCUUUUGUGGUUUGUUCAGACAGUUGCAUUUGGAAUAUUUUCUCUUAACCAUUUGACGACUUACAAACCUCGAAGGAAAGCCAGUGACGGAUACAAACAGAAGACAAAGUAGAAACUGUAGUCUGGCACUUUGGCAUCGUUUUGAAAUUGAAGAUGAUGGAAAACCUAAAUGUUUAAUGUGUUCAAAAUAUAUUAUGUUUUAACAGGAAAAGCAUGUGUAUGCUUUACUCCAUCUACUAUGGAUUUUGCAGAUGUGGGGGAAGUGAAGGAAUUCACUAUUAAUUUUUUUCUUGAAUUCGAUAAUAGGGGAGAAAGCCUGGACAACUGGAUCAGGGAAAGCUAGUUUUAACUAAUUGAGACAAAAAACAAAAACAAAACCCUACCAGUAAUGUUUGACAUCUAGAACAAGGAGUCAGUUUUAGCCUGAAAUGUGCACAUUGUAGGCGUAGGUCUCUGUCCCAAUCAAAGGAUUUUUGAGAAUUUGGAGGAGCAUGUGGCUGACAUUCGAGUGAACAAAUGAUUUCCAAGGAGCUUGAAGAAGAGGGAGAAAUGUGGGUCAACAUGUUCAAGAGUAUUGUUUCUAGAAAAAUUGCUUACACACACACCCCAGUAUUGUUCAUUGAAUGAAACGUUCCUGCUUUGUUCAAAUGAAGAGAUUUGGUAAAAUGUCAAGCACUAAAAUUAAAUAGGAUAGAAAGAGAUUAAGAAUGAACUACAUGAUCUUUAUCAAGGGAUUUAUUUUUAACCUAGUAUAAAAGCACAGAUCACACCUGAUGUUCAGAGCUCUGGAAAUGUUUCAGAAUAACAAGAAUCCACUGAGCAGAAUGACAACCAAAAGCCAGCUUUAAACAGCCAGGGGGGUAAUUAUUAGCUGGGUGUUUUCCCAUCAGGAAAGUGAACAGUAAGGCUUGAAAACUCCUCUUCAGUGCCAAUCAGGUAGCAUUUGUGUCCUGGUGAUUGAUACUACAUCAAAUAUCAGUUUCUUGAUCACUGGGUGUUAAGAUUUUGCAAGAGUUCAGUGUUGUAAGGCUGCAGCUUGAUGAUACUUGUUACAGAAACCUGACUUAAUUAUAUGGAAUUAGACUUCUGCUGGAACAAUCUGUUUGUUCUUAAAAGAACUUAGAAGUCCUGUCAUGAGAAAAAAAAACAUAAUUAUGACUGAAAGCCAGAGAGAGAGUUUUGAGAAGCAAUUAAAAUUUACUGGACAUUAAUGUUUACAUGUUCAGGAUUGCCAACCAGAAUGGGCUAAUGCUGAAGAAAUCUUUCUUUCAAUAUGUAAGGAGAGAACUAUCAGAAUGUCUGACUGAUGUACUGUAUUGGGAUAUAAGGCAUGUUCCUUCAAGUGUGAAAUGUUUCCUAUUCGAAAAAAAUUCAACUAGGCCUUUUAACUCAGGAAAAUCAAAAGAGUCUUGCUAGGUUUUACCAAAGGCCUAUUUAGUCCAGCACCCUUUCUUCCUUUCACCCUUUCUCCCCCAACAUCAGCCAACCAAGGUGCCAAUGAGAAAAAAAUGGGAGACGAUGGCACAGUAACAGUUGGAACAUCCCAGAAUGAGAGUUGCUGUAUUAUAUGAGAUAAUUAAAUCUAAGUUGGGUUCA